GGUCGAAACGCGAGUGCUUGUCGCGGGUAUUGUUGCGUAAAAAAAUCGUUAUUUUCACCCGGAAAACGGCUCCGGACCGGGACGAAAGUGUCGCCGAUCGAAUUGGCCACCGGAUGGGCGAAUGCGAGUGCGUGCGUGCGAGAAAAAACAACCGGAAAUGUAGAGAAAAUCAACGUUUUCCUGUCCCCCGCCGUGCAGUGUGUGUAUAGCAAAAAAAAGUGAGACCAGUCCAGAGAGAUCAAAGGAAGCGAAAAAAAAAAGAAGUGAGAAAGCAUAAUGUUGUCACUUGUGUGAGGAUAUAAUCGUGUAUUUUACGGAUUAUUUCGUGUUUUGGAGCAAAGCGGCAAAGGUCUUCCGGAAUCUGAUAGAACUGGUUGUUCCGACGGAGUGUCGUUUGAUUUUUCGACGUAAAGGCUUUUAAAGAUUGCACAUCCAGUGAGUGAAUCGAAUGUUGUGAGCACAGCGGGCGCAAUGUGAUGAGGUUUAGCAGGAAAACAGAAAUUUAACCAAACAAUGUUUCUCCAUUGGAAGUUGAACCGAUGAAAAGCAGUGAAUCCGAGUUGGGUACGUACAUUCGUUGGUGGCGGUAUAGUUCAAAACUCGACGUAAAAAGCUAAAGCUAAGGCAAAAGCUGUUAGAGGAAACAAAAAAAAACCGAAGAAUUUCUACCGCAACAAAAAAGAAGAAGCGAAGAGUAAUCGUGAGGUAAAACCUUGGUGAAAAAUUGCUGUUUUUACUGGCUGCAUGUCAAAACCUUCGUUCGUGUGUGUCACAGCAGCAGCAGCAGCAGCAGCUGUCUUAAUGUUUCUGUCCAGUUUAGUACGGCUCGGUCUCGGUCAGUGGUGAGACAAAACAGUAAUUAGAAAAAAAGAAACAUUCAUUACUCUGUGGGGCAUAAACGAAGAAGAAUUCUAUUCAAUAAAAUUAUUGAAGGUAGCUUAAAUAAGAGGAUAAAUUGCAACUGGCAACUUAUAGUGUAGAAGUGCGAUUUUGUGUCAGUGUUAGUGAAAGUGUUAGUACCGUUCGAACGUCACUGCUGCUGUGGAUGUCAAAGUGUAUGGGUGUCGGUUAGUGGGAGAAGAAAAAUCAUCUGAAUGAAGAAAAAAGUAGAAAAAAGAUAAUAAAGAUUGCUCUCGAGCAGGCAAGCAAGCAAGCAGUGGAGCAAGAAGAAAACAAAAUUGGAAAGGUAGGAGGAAUAUCUACUCCCUCACUUCUCGUGUCGCCUCCGUCAAUCAUCAAUCAAUUUGUAAUUUGCCUACCGACAACACAGCGAACGAACCUGGGCGGGCAAUAAUACGGACGGUGCGGGGUAGCGUUUCCGCAUGCGGCGGCGCCUCUGCCUGCUGUCUGUGCCAGUGCCAGUGCCAGUGUGCGACGUAGUCUACUGAGGCCACCAGCCAGCCAAUCCGUUGGACGCGGACACGGACGAACGGUUGGUUGCCGCUUCGGUACACGGCUCCGAAUAAGCUUACCUUCUGCGCGGCGACGGUCAAGCAAGCAAAUUCAACUUCAACGAUCUUAAUCAAAUAAGACGUCAUCCAGUCCCGCCGCCUCACCACCAGUCGCGUCACGCCAUCAUCAACAAAGUUGCGUAAAUGAAGCCCAUCAAUCCAGGGCUAGACCAUUCCGUCUAGUUUGUGUGCGUGUGUGUGUACGUGUGCAGUGUCGGUCCAGCGAACUGGCGCUUCCGGUAGCGAACAUCACCACCCCGGUUGUUGACCUUGCGCAGCGAAACGGCCACCAACAACGGCCAACGGUUAGGGGUCUCACCUGGGGUGCUAGGUUCGAUCUUGAGGGGCUAAUAUGGCCACACCGCCAACCGAGGGAGAAAUCAGAGUGGGUCCCGGCCAUCAGGCAACAUUACCAGAUUAUCAACCAAUUGAAAACUACCGCUCCGAGGACGAUGAAGAUCGCGACUUAGAGGAUCCUAGAUGGACCCCCGGUAUCUACAUUGACAAUGAUCUGUUGAUGUACCUGACCGCUGCUCGUUCAAUUUCCGCGUUUCAGGGCAUGUGCGAGGAGGAUGGUUGUAUGGCAGCUAGUCGCGACGAUACUACGAUAAAUGCAUUUGAUGUUUUACAUGAUUCUGGUUAUGACGCCGGGAAAGCGCUAGAAGCCCUACUAAAGUGCCCGGUAACGAAGGGAAUCGACAAGAAGUGGACUGAAGAGGAAACCAAACGCUUCAUCAAGGGAUUACGUCAGUUUGGAAAGAAUUUUUUUCGCAUUCACAAGGAUUUAUUGCCUCAUAGAACUACGCCCGAACUAGUGGAAUUCUACUACCUGUGGAAGAAGACACCGGGAGCAAACAACAAUCGGCCGCACCGCCGUCGAAGGGCGGGCUCUCUGCGAAGACGCAACACGCGUACCAACAGUAAUGCUAGCAGCAACAACACGCCGCCGAACAGUAACAAGAAAGAAGCAACACCGGAACCGGCCGUGACUGAAUCAUCGCGUCCAUCACCCGUGUCCAAGGAGGAGAAUAGCUCCGUUACCGAGGACGACAUCAGCGAGUGCGAUAGCGACUCGAGUGCCACCAAGGCAAUUAAGGAGAGCGCAGCGGCUGCCGUAGCAAUAGCAGCAGCAUCAGUAGCGGCCGCGGCAGCAGCAGCCGCUGGAGCAACCACGGCUUCGGCAGCGGCAGCAACAGUGGGAGGAGGGGGUGAAACGGGUGAGGAUUCACCGUCGAGGAUGAGAACUCGCCAGAAACCGACUGCGAAAGAGCAGCAACAACAGCAACAAGUGAACUCCAACAAUAACGCUUCCACCGGUGGAAAACGUCCCAAGCGUGGUGGAACGGAGACACCAGAGACGACGCCAGUCGACAGUCCCAAGACACCGAGCAAAAAGGAGGAAUCCUCAGGGAAGGGCCAGAAAGGCAAAAGCAGAACGGAGACUCCCAGCAAGGGCAAGAAACGUGCCAAUGAGUUGGAUCCGGACGGAGGAAGCGAUGAGAAAGACAGCCAAAAGCGAAAGCGGGUGGAUAGCCCUGCCGAAAGUUUCACCACUGACAGCCGACCUGGAUCAGUGUUGGAUGAAGCGGAAUCCAACAGCGAAGCAGCUACGGAAGUUAGCAUUAAUGUUAGCGCGGCAGCAGCGACGCCAACGGCUCCCUCCUCUAAGGAGGAGGAAAAGGAUCCCCUUUCGCUGGGUCCUACCGCCGAACCGAUGGCAACGGAAUCUCCUGAAAGCAGUAACCCCGCAUCGACAAUUACCAAGACUGGUGAAGACAAAGAUGAAGACGGAACGGUUACGGCCGUUGCAGCAGCGGUUACAGCAGCCUUACCGACGGCGGCUGAUGCUGCGAAGCUACCCGAAACGGAAGACAUCACUCCACCUUCGACGGCAACGACAACGCCGGUAGCAACACCUGCUCCUGCAACGGUACCCACGCCUGAAGAUGCAAUGGCUGCCAUUCCAACUGCUGGCGUUGAAGAACCACCAGAAAAAGCAUUGGAAACAUCUCCGCCCGCGGCAGCAGCCAUCACUGCACCGGCAGAACCAUGUAAUGUGGCUGUUCCACCUGGACUAAUUCCUUCCGUGCCUGGACAAGCUCCCAAUGAACAGGAGAUGCUCUCUAAACUCGCAAACAUGAAACAAGAAAUAAAUGCACAAAGCGGAGCUAAUUUGCCACCAGAAUUUAACACGAAAGACGUGUUUAUAAAGAAAGAACCAGGCGAAGAGAUUGCGGAAAACCAGCAACCGAUCAUCGAACAGCCGCAGGAUUUGAAACUAAAGAUCGAAGUCAAAUCGGAGGCAAAACUGAUGAGAGAGCCGGAUCCUGGACAUACAGAUACACCCCCGGAGAAUAAGUAUGAUCCGGAGAACCUAGCAAUGAAACCAGUAUAUGAGAGUCAUAUCAAGUAUGGACCAGUCGAUGAUGGUAUGAAAUAUGGUGAUUUGAAGUACAGUCAAAGUCAAUCAGCGGAAAAUGCGAUGAAGUACGGUCAAGAAGAACCAUUAGAGUAUGACAUGAAACGAUUCAUGGAACCAGGAAAGUAUCCUCCACAGGAUAGUGCACUGUCGAUGAAGAUAGCACCACAGUCUGUACAUCCAAAUUCCGGUCAAGGAGUACCUCCAGAUGGUCAACUGCCUAAGGGUUAUUCACAAGAGUUAGUGGGCUUGAAUAUGAAAUAUCCCCCAGUGGAAGAACGAACCAAGUUUGCACAGUCCCCAGCAUCGGACAAUGGGGCGCCGCAGGGUUUGCCGCUGAUGCCAAAGAGUCACUAUCCGGACCAGUUGGGCAUGCUGCGGCAACAAUAUGAUCCGAGUGGAAUGAUGAAGUUUGAACCGAUGGGAAAGUACCAGGGGCCACCUCCACCGUUCGGUCUACCUGGAAAUCAAUCCCAUUUGCAUCAAGGUUCCUCAUCGCAUAAUCAACCUCCGGGUGCUCCGCAACAGCAACCCCAAGAUCUAAAGUAUCUGCCACCGGACACAAUGUCAGGUAUGAAGAGCAGCUUUUCGGCAGACAAUCUUAUGAAAAGUUCCACUUAUUCGCCUCUUGCUGAUCAAAAUCCGUUGGAUGUUUCAGCGACUUCUCGGAUGGCAGUUACACCGAAUCAGGAUAGCCAAGGAAGCAACAGUAACAACAGUAGCUCUCAACCACCACUACAUGCUAGUAUAGCAUCGCCACAGUCUGGACCACCACUCAACAUGCCUCCUAGCGGCUAUACCGGUCAUCCAGGAAUUGUAAAUCCUGGUCUAAUGCCCGGCAGUCAUCAGUCGCUCAUGGGUUCGUCAAAUUCUCCCGUGCCGACAUCUCAACCGAAUCACCUAUCACAAACUUCGCAACCAGGUGGACCUCUUGGGUCACAACAACAGCAAGGGGGACCUCCACCGUCUCACUCUUCCCACCCAUCAUUACAAGCAGGACCGCUGCCUCCGGCAACAAUGCAGUCCCAACAGCAACAACCACCUCACAUGUUACCAAAUAGCAGUUUACCAUCUCACGUACCGAGUAGUCCAUAUCUCUCCUCCUCUCAUCGGCAGCCACCGCCCCCGUCAGAAAACUCACGUCUUCAACAAAGCACGCCCACGUCGAGCACAGCAUCGACACCAACCUCUGCGGCUCAAUCCCAAUCUCCAGCACCAAUGCGUUCUGCAGAUCAACCUCAUCCGCGGGACUUACCUCCAACAAGAGCAUCUCCAAUAAACUCUCUACUACAGGGUGUCCAUCCGCCCCAUGGAAUGUUAUCGCAUCCUCUUCCACUGCAUCUUGGACACCCAGGAAUGCAACUGCCACCUCAUCAUCCAGCACAUUUAACCGGUCCUCUGGGCCAUGCAGGUUUGCUGCCACCAAGCUUGGGUGGUCCAGCUGGUGCACUGCCCCUUCUCGGGGGUCCUACACCGUCUGCCUUGGGUAGUCUGAUGGAAGUAGCAGGAGCCGGAAGAAGAUCACCUUCCGUAUCGUCCAAUAAUCCACCCGGCCAUCAUCCGCCGACAUCGCUCCAUCAGCCUAGUCCUUUGGCUCAAUCGCCCUCCACGCCAACAGCCCCUUCCAGUCUCAGUCGUUCGAGUCCAAGUGUACAACAACCUGGUGGUCCCGGUUUUCCGUCCUCCCUUCAUCACCGAUCCAGCUCACCGGCCAAUUCUGUUAACUCCAGCCUUAGCCGAGCUAGUCCGAUGCAUCUAAGUCAUCAUCAACCCGGAUCUUCGGCGGCAGUUGCUGCAGCCGCGGCAGCAUCAGCGGAACGUGAUCGUCAGAUUAUGCGCCAACAAUCACCGCAUAUGACACCCCCGCCAUCGUCGUCGGCAUCGACUUCCUCGCUCAUCUCUAGCCCAUUGAGCAAAAUGUAUAGUCAAUCCGGACAGCGAUCACCUCCACCGAACCAUCCCUUCAGACCGGGAGCUUCGCCGCCGGUUAUACGACAUCCUCAGAUGCCACUGCCACUUCAAAUGACUGGUCCGAUACCGGGAAUGCCCGGUUCAGUAAUGCAUCCCUCUCAAGCAUAUCCGCUAGUUCAUCCUUCAUUGUACAAUCCUCAUCACCACAAUCCAUUCUUCGCACCGUAUCCAUACGGACCGGCGUACGGUCCCGGUUUCUCUUACAUGAAACCAGCGGGAUCACCCUUAGACAAUCCGAUGCUGCACGGUCAUCCAACAAGCAUUCCGCCGCCACGACCAGAGGAUUCCCAAAUUCAUGGUAAUGCUCACGACAAAAACAAGGGCAGCUCAUCCAAGCCACCACAAAACUCUUCUUCGUCCUCGUCAAUUUCCGGAUCCGGCUCGAAAACACCCGGUUCGGUCGGAGGACCAAACAAUACUAACAGUAGCAAUAGCCAAAGCAGCAGCGGUCCUGCCGGUGGACCAUCACCUAGCAAUUCGGGUCCACCCGGUGGACCACUUAGUGGGAGUCCAUUCCAGAAUGCUCCCCAUCAUCCGUCACCAUACCCACCAGGACCACACAAUCCCUUCAUCGAGAACCAGUUGCAGGUCAGUGGGAAAACCAGUCACAUGGAUGCACUGCGAGCGCAUGCUCAUGCAGCAGCCGGUGGGGUAGGUCUAGGACCACCCCCGGGACACCCGGGUCAUCAUCCUGGGCACGGACCUCCAGGGCCCGGCCAUCAUGGACCUCCGCAUCAUUCUCAUCCAAACGAACCGGUGCAUAUCGAGACGCUGGACAUCGAUCCUGAUCCAGAACCGCCUUCUCCAGUGCACGAUGUCAACCGAGGUCCAAGCCCAGAAGCAAAACCCGACGAUACCGAGUGUCACCGCUCACAAUCCGCUAUCUUUGUUCGUCGAUGCGAUCGAGGGGAUUACAACUCCUGCUGUCGUACGGACUUGGAGUUCAAACCUACACCUGACUCGAAGCUGGCUCGCAAACGAGAGGAUCGUGAUCGCAAGCUGGCCGAAAAGGAGCGUGAGCGAAAGGCGCAGCAAGUGCAACAACAGCAGCAGCAAGCAGCACAGCAACAGCAGCAGCAACACCAGCAGCAGCACCAGCAACAGCAAGCAGCGGUUGCCGCAGCGCAGGCAGCACAACAGCAACAACACGGGAAACCACCGGUUGGACCUGGCGGGCUGGGCGUUCCGCUCGGACAUCCGUCGCAUCCCGCGUCGCAACAACCGCAGAUGAAACCAGACAUCAAACCAUAUCCGGAUACGCCUGCUUUGCGCCAGCUCUCGGAGUACGCUAGGCCUCACGUUGGUUUCAGUCCGGUGGAAACGAUGGUACCAUCACCAUAUCAUCCACUUUACAAUAGAGAAAGGGACAUCUUUUUUAGGGAGUUUGACGAUCUCAAGAACCAGCAAGCCAUGGGCCCAUCUCGUUUGGAACCACACUGGAUGGAAUACUAUAGGAUGAGGGGCAUGCACCCGUCACAGUUUCCUGCAUUGUACGGUAAUCCAGCCGCCCUGGCGCAGCUGGAGCGUGAACGAAUAGGCUUGCCGCCACAUCCCAUUGGGCUAGAUCCGGCCGAUCCGAUGUUGCGAUUGGCUGGUGAAUAUCACGCUCACUCCCAUACGCAUCUGCAUUUGCACUCGCAACAGCAGCAAGACACGGCGGCGGCAGCGGCAGCGGCCGGUUUCCAACUACCACCGAACGUUCAACCGUACCCGCGACCGAACAUCCUGAUGCCGCGGGAUCCCCACUCGGAAGUGCUUUUGCGCAUGUCCUAUGAUCCGCUACAGCAGGCCGCUGAGUUCCAGCGUCAAAGUGCAUUAGACCGUGCCCACUCACUGCAUGAGCAGUAUCUUAGACAACACGAGAGAGAAAUGAAAGUAAGAGCACUGGAAGAGGCGGCACGUGGCGGUAAACAUUGAAAAUCCCGUUUGUGAAAGACAGUAGCAAGUGAACAUAGUGAGAGAGACAGAGAAAAAAAGAGUACCAAGUGGAGAUAGUCAGAAAUUGGACAUAACUGUUGUACACAUGUGUGUUUGCGUCUGCCAGAUAGAACAAUAUGCGUGCAUGCUUGUAAAUGCAUACAGUUUGGGGAAAAAGAUCAAGAAAAAACAAGCGGCAGCGAAUUUAGACCCUGUGCGACGACGGCAGCGAUUAUCACAUUUACGUCUAUUUGAAAAAGUAUCCGAGAUUGGUUGAUACCGGAGCGAACUACACAAGCGGCAGUGUUCCGUUUAAACAAUUUUCGUACGUAUGAAUUCAAAUAUUCUGCAAACUUAGAAAGCUCAUUCCUUUAUCCAAAAAUGUACGAACUCGACGGAUUCACUUUUCACAAAUAAUUUAAUUUUGUUGUUGAAUGAAAUAACUUGUUGGCAUUAGGUAUAAAAGAACUGGAGUUUUUUUGAACAGUUAGAGCAUGAAACCAAUCACUUCUCGAAAACCGUUGUUGAAAAUACUCAAUUGGAUUUCUGUGUUAUCUCAGCAACGUUGUCGUCAUGGUCUAUUCCCGCUGCAGUACGACGGUAACGAAGCACUGCAUUCGUAUUACAAUUCGAUACGCCGUUUGCACUGGAUCUAAAUCAAAGAAUAGUUAUGACAACCAACCUUACUGUAGAAAAUUACCAUUGAUAAUACAAACUAUACAAAAAAAAAAACACAUUUAAAACAUUUAACGUGAGAAGCUAAAAUGUAAGCAAACAAAAAAAAUCAUUUAUAUAAUUGUAUAAAAGUGGUAGAUAGUAAGUAGAUUCGUACAUAUAUAUAUUUUAUAUUUAUAAAGCCGACUUAAGCAAAACAAGUCUUUCUCCACGAUAUCGGACACCGGCCAAGUCGCGCACUGAUUGAUCGCGCGUCGGGCUGGCUUAUCUGGGGCCGCCGCGCCGGUAAGAUUUUGACCGUCGUCGUUUCGUGUACUGCCAUUUUCGCGCAGCUUUCGCGAAAACAAACCUAAACAGGCGGCUGCACAUACUAACAUAAAUAAAAGCAUAACAAACAAACAAACAAACCAACAAAAAAAAAACUAUAAUCUAAAGUUUUGCUCCUAAAUUUAAGAACAAUUUUCGAAACUUCUGAAUGUCUAUAUUCGUACGUCGAAGCAAGCAGCACCCACUAAAAAUAAGCGAUUGUGUAUAGUAGAAUGAAUUUUAGUUUGUUUUUUUUCUGUUUUAGUUUUCGAAUUUGUUAGCAGGGCCAAAUAAUUUCGGAUGAGAUUUGUAAGUUAGCUUUUUGGUCACACCACCAAGAGCUUUCCAGUGAGUUCGAGCAUUUCUCGAAUGACGAAUUUGAUGCAGAGUGCAGCAGUGGUGCUGAGAAGGAUAGUGACUGUUAAGAACUCCUUUCUCUCACGUGCAGUACUUACAUUACAUCUCCGCAAACUUUUAAAUAUAAUCGAAUGCAUUUUUUGUAAGUCACGCGGAACAGAUGUAUUUCGAAAGUACCUCUUAGUCUUUUCUUCGUUUUUUUUCCUGCUAUAUAAGACAGCUUGUAGCCAGCUUAGUAGAAUUCCGCAAUUUCGAUUGUUUUACUCUUUAAUAAAUUAGUAUUAUUCGCCAAACAACUAGUAACGCAACGUUGCCUGAACUCUGUUCGUUUGAGUUCAAAUUAUGAAUUUUCCAUCUGCUAAGGAUGAUAAUCUAAAAUUAAAGUGAAGCGCAAAAGAAUAAACCGUAGAACCUAGGGUAAAAGCUUUCGACGACAAGGCCAAUCCCAAACUGUAAGAAAAAACCGUGUAAGGGUACAAUUUUUUGGUGACAACCGCGCGCGUUCAUCGAACAUGAUGUUCCGACAAAUACCUUUGUGUACAAGAGGGAGAUCGCAAGGAAAAAAAGGAAUAACAUUAUAAAUAACGAUGGUAUAUUAUUGAUGAUUAAGUGACGGAUAAAACAAUUAUAUAGUGAAUAGAGAAGGGCAAACAGAAUCAUUGAUCUUAUAUUAAAACAAACAUAUUUAAUUAUUGAAUAGUAAUUAUAUUGAUAAAACUAUAUUACUGGAAAACACAACUCAAGUGGAAAUAUAAAAAUAGUGAUGAUAAAAUA